AUGUAUGAAGCUUUUGAUCAAGAGGCUACUCAGAGCAAUAAGGCCCAACUCCUGAUUUCUGCUGCUGUGUCUGCUGGCAAAGGCACCAUUGAGACAGCCUACCACAUCCCCCAGAUGUCCAAGUACCUGGAUCUCAUCAACGUGAUGACUUAUGACCUGACGGGCUCCUGGGAGGGCUUUACUGGAGAGGACAGUCCUCUGUUUGCUAGACCCAAUGACCAUGGUGACUACAUCUACUUUAAUGUGGACUAUGCCAUGAACUACUGGAAGAACAAUGGAGCCCCUGCUGAGAAGCUGAUGGUUGGGUUUGGUGCCUAUGCCCAGACCUUCACCCUCACCAACCCCUCAGACCAUGGCCUGGAUGCUCCUACCUCUAGCCCUGGUACUGCUGGACCUUACACCCAGGAGGCUGGAAGCCUUGCCUACUUUGAGGUCUGUGACUUCCUGAAAGGUGCCACUGAGGUGUGGAAUGCCCCUCAAGAGGUUCCCUAUGCCUACAAAGGAAACCAGUGGAUUGGCUAUGACAAUCCCAAGAGUUUCACUAUCAAAGCAGACUGGUUGCUGAAGAACAAUUUUGGAGGAGCCAUGGUCUGGGCCAUUGCCUUGGAUGACUUCACUGGCACUUUCUGUGGACAAGGCAAAUAUCCACUCAUGAAUGCCAUCAAAUCUGCCCUGGGUGUCUCCACUCCCAAUUGCCGAGUAACAACCUCUACCCUAGGCACUAGUGUUGCCCCCAUCAUCACAGCGGCCCCUGGUGGUGGCAGUUCAAGAGGCAGUGGGUUCUGUGCUGGCAAGUCCAAUGGCCUCUAUGCAAACCCCAAGAACAAGAAUGCCUUCUACAACUAUGCAAAUGGGGAGACCUAUGAAGAGGCUUGCCAGACUGGCCUUGUCUGUGAUACCAGCUGCUCGUAUUGCAACUGGUCAUGAGCUUUCAUGAAGGAAUGAUCA